GAUGUUGCUAAAAAGUGGAAAGUCGGAUCAUUUUUGUUUCCUGGUUUUACCGCCUGCCGCAGGUGUGUCUCAAACCACGUAGUUUUGGCCAAUCAGAAGACACCAGUGUAUAAGAGGAAGUUAUGGACGCUGCUGUAGAUGGAAUUCCUCCGAUUAUGUGGGAACCCGAUAGGUCGAUGUCCACUAAAAUGGACGAACUCAGGGUUAGGAUCAACGAGAAAUACAACGUAGAUCUACAGACCUACAGACAGUUUCACCAAUGGUCCUGUGAGAACUACGAUCAGUUUUGGGAGGAAGUGUGGCAUUUCACUGAUGUUAUUCACUCACAGCCCUUCUCAGAGGUGAUUGAUAAAUCCAAAGGAAUUUCUGAAAUUCCAACAUGGUUUAGAGGGAGUCGGUUAAACUUUGCCGAAAACCUCCUGCGUUACAACGAUGAUAGAGUGGCAGUGUACUCUACCGGUGAGGGACUUGGGAUCAAAGGCAUACAAAAGAAAACGUUCAAGGAACUCAGAUCUGCCGUGGCUCGAUAUGCAGCGGCCAUGAGGAAGAUGGGAAUUAAAUCUGGAGACAGAGUCGUAGGGUACAUACCGAACUGCUGUGAGGCAUUGGAGGCCAUGUUAGCUGCAUCCUCUAUAGGGGCCGUGUGGAGCUCCACCUCCCCAGACUUUGGGGUGCAGGGUGUACUAGACAGAUUCUCUCAGAUAAAACCAAAGCUGAUAUUCAGUAUUAAUGCAGUGUGGUACAAUGGCAAAGUUCAUUCUCAUCUAGAGAAACUGGAGCAGGUGGUGCGAGGUUUACCUGAUAUUGAGAAGGUGGUUGUCUUACGGUUUGUCCCUGAUGCUUCAUGUGAUAUCUCAUCCAUUUCUAACAGCUGUAUGCUUGAAGACUUCCUGCCCCCUACUGAGCAGGAGGCGGAGCUGUAUUUUGAACAAGUCCCAUUCAAUCAUCCCCUGUUCAUCAUGUACUCCUCUGGCACCACAGGCGCCCCCAAAUGUAUGGUCCAUUCUGUGGGGGGUACCCUGCUGAAGCACUUAGAAGAACAUGUCAUCCAAAGUAACAUGGGACGAGAAGAUGUUUUCUUCUACUACACUACAGUUGGUUGGAUGAUGUGGAACUGGCUAGUCUCAGGGCUGGCCGUUGGAGCAGCCAUUGUUCUGUACGAUGGAUCCCCUCUGAUCCCCCAUGCUAACCAUCUGUGGGACCUGGUGGAUGAACUCGGGAUCACUUUGUUUGGGACCAGUGCCAAAUGGCUGGCUGUGAUGGAGGAUAGAGGACUCAAACCAGGAAAGACCCACAAGCUGAAGACCCUGAAGAUGAUCAUGUCCACCGGAUCCCCGCUGAAGCCGCAGAGUUACGACUACGUCUACAGGGAUAUCAAGAAAGACCUCCUGCUCGCCUCCAUAUCUGGUGGCACUGACAUCAUUGCCUGCUUCAUGGGACAGAACUGGACGGUCCCAGUACACCGGGGGGAGGUUCAAGGCUUCACCCUGGGCUGUGACAUGCAAAGCUGGAACGAGGAGGGUAAACCCGUGUAUGGGGAGCCAGGUGAACUAGUCUGCCUGAAACCCUUCCCCUCCAUGCCUGUCAACUUCUGGAACGACCCCCAGGGUGAAAAAUACACCAAUGCUUACUUCUCCAUGUACCCAGGUGUGUGGGCCCAUGGCGAUUACUGCUCUAUUAAUCCAAGGACUGGAGGGAUCACAAUGCUGGGAAGAAGUGAUGGUGUUUUAAAUCCAAAUGGAGUACGAUUUGGGAGUGCAGAAAUAUAUAAUGUUGUGGAAUCGUAUAAGGAAAUCCAGGAUAGUGUGUGUGUGGCUCAGAGGAAGGCAGAUAACUCCGAGGAGAGAGUCAUCCUGUUCCUGAAGAUGGCGCCAGGGGCAGAGUUCACCCAGGAACUGGUCAAAAACUUAAAGGUCGCCAUCAGGAGUCUUCUGUCGGCCAGACACGUGCCUGAGGUCAUCCUCCCCAUCAAAGACAUUCCAUACACUAUAAGUGGCAAGAAAGUUGAGGUGGCAGUAAGGCGAGCCAUCCAGGGGCAGAAAGUAGUCCAGCUAGGGGCCCUAGCCAAUCCAGCCAGCCUUGACCUUUACUACAACAUUCCCGAACUGAAGCAGUAUUAGAGCAUCUGAUUGGAUACCAUGCAAGAGCAAUUACCAUUGGAUGGUCAUUAUGUCAUCUACUAAUUCUUCAUUUGCAUGAAGAUUUACAUAAACUGGGGGGAUUUUUAUUUCACUGUGAUGUGAUAUUUUUCUUAUGGUUAUCAUGUAUUAGUAUUUAUGAUUUAUUAGUUCAUGAUUUUAAUCAUGUAAAUUUAUUAUUUUGGAGUCUAUUUAUUUCGAUCAUUAUGGAAAUUUUAAAUUUCCAAAAUGAUCAAAAUAAAUUAAAAGUGUUCUAAUUAUAAGACUGUAGGUUUAUAUAUAUAUGAGGCUGUGUUGGAACAAGUUCCUGAAUAUUACUCUGUGCACCAUUAAUAGUUGGUAUUAUUCUUUGUAUACAUGUACUAACAACAUUCUCCUGUGUUUUAAUGAUAAUCAACUAUAACAUCGUUACAUACAUAAGAAUUUGUAUAUGUAUAUACAUUAACUAAUUUACAUGGAAUUACUUACAUGUUAUAAAUUGUAGAAGAAAAUACUCCUGUGAAAUGUCAUGUGCAACAUAACUAACUUAAGUAGGCUAACAUGUCUGGUAUAUUUACAUAUACAGUAUAUUAUAUGGAUUUUAUUCUCAUUUAUGUAUGUACGUGUGCAUGCAUGUGAAUGUUACACACCUACAUGACUCAGCAAAAGACUGAUAUUAACUGAUACUCCUAUCUCUGAAAACAACAACAAUUUUGAUGAAAUCAAUACAUAUCAAUUAAUUAUUAUUGCAUUUAUAUUUAUGUUUUUGUUAUAUGUCAGUAUUUUUUUUUUUUUAAUUUUCAUUUUUAUUUGUUUUUAUUUGUUCUUUAUUUGACUUUUGACUUCGGUAGAGAAACUACAAAGAAGGUCAUAAUUGUGUGUUUAUAGAAAUAUAGUCCACCAGCCAUUAUACUUAUAAUAUAAUGGAAAAAUGUCUCCCUUGGUAACAGUGUAUGCUACAUGUACAUGUAUAUUGAUUGAUAAGCUAUAUAUAUUGAUGCUUAUAUAGCAACACUAAAAAAAUUAUUCCGUUUGAAAUUCAAAGCUAUAAUUGUUAGACAUUUUACAUAUGACAUUUUCAUGACAUUGUAUUAAAAUGCAUGGAUGCAUAAUAAAACAAAAUCCUAAGGCUUAUAUCCUAUAA